UUCAGCGUCCUCUGUUACAUAGCGAGAGGGAACGAUGCAGAGACCUUAAGAUGCGGCGUCCUAAGUGACUUUUUCCCAGGGCUGAGAGUCAAGAUGUUUAAGCACCAGCACAGCACAGGCACCGGGGCCAUCGGGUGGACGUGAGGGGCCCAUUGUCCCCUACUUCUCCUUGAGCAAAAGCCUCCUGUUUUGAAGGGAGGUCCGAGGAGGGUCUCAGCCUGGGAGGACAGGCGCAAAGCUGUCUGCCGGAAUCAGGUCAGUACUGGGAGUGAAGAAAGUGGCUGCAUUUAAGAGCACACGAGGCGGCUGACGGCCUGGGAGUGAAGAUGGGCUGCAGAGGACGGCCCCUGGGGCUCCAAGUCCACGGACGUUUCCUUUGCCCACACAGUGGUGGCCAGUGCAGAGGCCUGAAUGUGAGCACAUGUCGACAUUUGAAUGCUGGGAGGUAUCCUGUGAAAACCCAGCUUCUCGUGAAGGAUUGCAAGAUGCAGCCCCAGGACCGCCCAGCACCCCUGCGCUCGGGGCUGGAAGGCCCGGCCGCCCCAGGACUGGUGCACACGCGGCGCUUUGUGUCCCUUCAGAAGCAAGCACUCGGGAUUCUCCCAGAAGCACCUACGCCGCUCACCAUUCUUACACUGAGUGCCGGAGUCUUGGCGAGAAGCUGGAAGAAUCCAGACGUGAAAAUAGGCAGCAGGCUUGUUAUUGACGUGAGCCUGAUGGGUUGCGUGUUCGCCGCUGUCCAGAGGACUUACAGCUGUGACUCUGGAAAGCUCUGGUCUCUCUGGUUAUGGCCCAAUGGCAGAAAGAAUUGCUUUUUCACCGCCUUCUCAGGCUACAGCCCUGGACGAUUAUGCACAGUUUGCUUGUCUAGGAGACGCUGCCCCGGAACUUGUGUCUUGAAUAAAACAGAUGUGUGCAGCCCACGUCCAAGUGUGUUGCAGAGACCACCAGCCCUGCUGGGCAGGGGGCUUCUGGCGCCUGUGACGGCGUGGCCGGGAUGUCAGGGGCUGCUCUGGGUGGGACCUUUCUCUGCUUCAGGUGCCACGUCUGUGUGA